AUGUUUGCUAAAUCGGAAGCAGUCUCGCCGUUUCGAUACAAUGACCGCUUCCCGCAAAUCAGACGUGAAACAGUCAGUUCUAGUGAAGCACCAUUAUCACUGAAUGAGAACAAUGCUCCAAAAUGCGCCUGUGGUUACGUGUACGAAGAAACAACUGGAUGGAACCGCCGUGUUCGUUCGCGUGUCAAAAGAGAGAUGGGGAUCCUUAUAAUCUCGAGGAUUAUGCUUCCAAAAUUUCAGGCUUAG